UUCUCUCCUCCUUUCCCUUCCCUUGAUUCCAAAGAAGAAGAGGCAGUAGCUUGCACGAGGAGGGAGAUGGAGGCGAAGAGGUCGAGGCCGCCCACCAUUGCCGCGCUGUGCGUGCUCCUCCUCCUGGUGCUGCUGCCCGGGGAGGUGGCCGCCAAGUCCAAGUUCUGCAAGUGCUUCGACGACUGCUUCCCUGGGUGCACGAACGACCACGUGCCGCGCUUCCUCUGCCAACUGUUCUGCGCCAACAAGUGCAGCCCCAACCAGGCCGCCGUCAGCGGCGACGCCAUGUGCAGGAUGGCCUGCAACAAGCUGAACAUCAAAAUCUGCGGCUGGUCAGCGGCGCCCGCCGAUGCAGCUGAUGCGGCCAGCUGCGAGGAAAACUGCAACAAGAAAUGGAGCCAGAAUUAAGGCCCACAAUUAAGCUGUUACGUUUUAGGAGAAGUAAAAAGAUAUCUGAAGGGCUUGUUGAUCGAUCAUGGGAUUGUAGCCAUAUAUGUAUGAUGUUGAACCUCUCUGUGAUUGUAGCAGCAACCAAUAAAAUAAAUAUCUGGAUAUUUAAGGCAUAUAUACUACACAAUAUAAAGUUGAUUUGGCAUUUCCA